AUGAGAGCUAGCAGCUUCCUCGCCACGGCCGGCGGGCCGGCGACCAUGGCAGUUCACCAGCAGUUGCCGCCGCGCACGGGGUGGCACUCCCCUGUGCCUUACCUUUUCGGAGGCCUGGCAGCCAUGCUGGGCCUCAUAGCCUUCGCGCUGCUUAUUCUGGCCUGCUCCUACUGGAAGCUCUCCGGGUAUCUGGAUAGCGGCAGCAACGAGCCAGAGCGCGGGGGCGACCUCGAGAGUGGGGACGGCAAGCCCCGAGACUCCGGCGUCGCCAAGACCUCGCCGCACCAGCUUGAGCAGAGGAUUGUGGUCAUCAUGGCCGGAGAAGAGAAACCCACCUUCCUGGCCAACCCCAUGUCCAGUUGGGCUCCCACCUGCGGUGACUACUCCAAGAGCCAGAGCAGUGGGGACCAAAUGCCCGACGAGAAGAAAACGUUGACGGACGGCAGCGGAGAAGCCGGACCGGAGGCCGCCCACAACCACCAACGACGGCAGGAGGAGACCCGCGAAGACCAACGACGGACCCAGCAGCUCCAUAACGUGGACUAA